AUGAACUCACCCAGUGAUGGAGUCCCUCCUCAGAAGUCCGAAAACCUAUCCUCGGUCCCCAUUAUCGAUGUCAGGAAUGCUACAGAAUCGGCGACCGACGAAUCACCAGAGACAUCGACCGCAAGCCUGCCGCUCCGUACUUCCACCCCCCCGAGCCUAGGUUCACGUACUAGUACAUUCUCUAAUACCAUUUCCCGGUCCAACUCUCCAAACGGCAGAUUAUCAGUUUCGGUCUCGAGAUUUGGAAAGUCUUCUUUGAGCAGCCCACUUGGCAGUUCUCCUGAUGGCUAUGACGACUCGAGGUCUUUAAUCGUUCGCGCAUUUUCUCCUACCAUUGCCAUUUGUGCUGCGGAGGAGGUUGAUGAGCUAGCCGUGCGAAAGGGCUUGAAGAAGGGGUUCACAGGGCUUAUCCGCCCUUUUGGCAACAAAGUAUCAGGGAAAGUGGUUGUUAGAGACAGUACCGGAGCCAGCAGAGCAUGGGAAGAUUUUGGUGUGCAUUUCGCGGAUCUUGAAGAUCUGGCCGCUGCCCGUGAUGCAUCGCCUUCCCCUGACGCCAAUCCGCUGGAAAACCUGGAGGAACUCAUGGAGUACUUCAUCGGGGAUGGCUGGGAUGACACGGAUGGGGUCCCCAUCAGGACCGAGAUAUCUCCUUUCUACAAGCUAUUCCUGACUCGGCUGUUAUCUUCACAAGCCAUGAGUCCGCAUGAAACGUUUCGACAUCCUGUUGGGGCCGUCAUUGCCAUCAGCUCUUCUACACAACAGCCAAUUGAGACCCUUCGAAACUUGUACCAACAAACUGCUCAAGGAUCGAGAGCGUUACCAUUGUACGCCAAUCCAGAGUAUCUGCGCUAUUAUGUCCUCGUCCAUGAUGAAGACAAGGACGACUUCAGUAAGUCAUCAGCACUGUUUGAUCAGAUGAAACGGCACUUUGGGCUUCACUGCCAUCUUCUAAGACUGAGAUCCACCCCUUGCACACAGUCAGAUGAUGAUUCGGAAGAAUUACCAACUAGUGAGUGGUUGUCGGCUUCCGAACAAAUGUCUUUCAUCCACGACACUGUGGAUCUGAUAGAUUUGAAUACAUCCACUUCGCCUUAUAUCUUCUCCUCCGAUGCCUCAGCAAUCAGCGGAUUUGUUCGGGAGCUCGUAGCACAAUCGAUUGUAUACCAUAUGGAACAGAGAAUCGCGCUCUGGAAUGACCAAAUAGCCUCUCGUCGACGAGGCAUUUCUGGCAGGUUCAUGUCAUUAUCCAAAAGAUGGACAGGUAUAGGAAGUUCGGCUCGAAACGCUUCUUCAGCCACUAACCUGUCGGCGUCGGGUGCGAGUGGCAACUACGACAGCCUCCAAGGAUCGUAUCGAUAUGACAGCUCUGAAAGUCUUUUGCGUAAGCUUGCAGAUUAUGCAUUCAUGCUUCGAGAUUACAAACUUGCCGCGUCAACAUAUGAGCUUCUGAGAACUGACUACGCAAAUGACAAGGCGUGGAAACAUCUCGCCGGCGCAAAUGAGAUGUGCUGUAUCUCCACACUUUUGAACCCUUUGAUUGGGACCGGAAGUUCCAAAUUCAAGAUUGAAAGCUUCGAUCAGAUGUUGGAAACAGCUAGCUACUCAUAUACAACCCGUUGCUCGGCUCCUUCACUGGCACUGCGAUCGAUCCUACUUGGCGUCGAACUCUUGAAAGUACGAGGUCGAUCGGCUACCGAAUUGGCUGCAAGGUGGGCUAUACGAUCCCUGGAAUUGGGGCUACUUGGUAGCAUAGGCCAUGUACUCGUCAGUGAGCGGGUCACAUCCUGCUUUGCUGAUCGAAUAGGAGUUGGCAACACAAGCUGGGGCACACGCAAGCGCAAAGCAGCACUUUGGAGCGUGAUGACGGCGGAUGAAUGGAUGAAACUAGGAAGGGCCGAGUUUGCCUCGGAGCGACUAGAAGAGGCACAAGAAUUGUAUAACGAAACCAAGAACAGCCAGGCGGUCAAAGAUUUCGCAGGGUUAGCAGAGUACCUAACGCAACUCCGGCUAGCAGUCAGAAUGAAGUUAGGACAAGCUCGGCGGAGGACUCUAAGCGGAGCGGCAGGGCCAUUUAAUGGGGCUGGACAGGGCGAGGACGACAUUGAAGACGAGACCAUCGAGCAGAUGGCCACGGUUGAGAAACUCGACAGCAGAGCGCAUAGAAGGACGGGGAGCCUAAUGACUGGCGUCGGUGGCGUGGAUGUUGCCCCAUUAAGUCCCGUGCGAUUGACGAGACCGGAUCCUUUGUCCAGAGAGGACGAUGAUUUUGAAUGA